AUGUCGCAGCUAAGUAAGAAUCUGGGUGAUUCGAGUCCUCCUGCCGAGGCACCGAAGCCGCCCGUCUAUAGCCGCCCUACGGUUCUGAUGCGGGCCCCGCCCGCCUCCUCCCGGGCCCCACCAGUCCCUUGGGAUCCACCUCCAAUUGACUUGCAGGCUUCAUUGGCCAUUUGGCAGGCACCUCAGCCUGUCUGGGAGGCCCCGCAGGGCCAGCCACCAGCCCCAGUGGUUCCGAUGGCCCAACCUCCGGCCCUAGGGACCCCGAUGGUCCAGCCUCCCCCUCUGGGAGGCCCAAUGGGCAAGCCUCCGACUCCUGGAGUCUUGAUGGUCCAUCCUCCACCCCCUCCGGGAGCCCCGAUGGCCCAACCUCCAGCUCCAGGAGUCCUUAUGGUCCAUCAUUCAGCUCCGGGAACCCCCAUGGCCCAUCCACCCCCUCCUGGGACACCUAUGUCCCACCCUCCCCCUCCGGGAACACCAAUGGCCCACCCACCCCCUCCGGGAACACCAAUGGCCCACCCACCCCCUCCGGGAACCCCGAUGGUUCACCCUCCCCCUCCGGGAACCCCGAUGGCCCAUCCUCCCCCUCCGGGAACUCCAAUGGCCCAUCCUCCCCCUCCGGGGACACCAAUGGCUCACCCUCCCCCGCCGGGGACACCAAUGGCCCAUCCUCCCCCUCCGGGGACCCCGAUGGCCCAGCCUCCAGCUCCAGGAGUCCUCAUGGCCCAGCCUCUGACUCCAGGAGUCCUGAUGGUCCAGCCUCCAGCUCCAGGAGCUCCAAUGGCCCAGCCUCCACCUCCGGGAGCCUUGAUGACCCAGCCUCCACCUCCAGUAGCCCCGAUGGCUAAGCCUCCAGGUCCUGGCGUCCUGAUGAUCCAUCCUCCAGGUUCCAGAGCUCCAAUCACUCAGCCUCCAGUUUCAGGAGCUCCGAUGCCGCAGCCUGCGGCCACACCUGCGCAGCCUCUGGCUUCUUGGGCCCCACAGGCUCAGCCUCUGAUCCUGCAAAUCCAGUCUCAGGUUAUAAGGGCUCCUCCGCAGGUUCCCCAGGGCCCGCAGGCUCCACAGGCUCAGCUGGUCACGCCCCCGGCCUGGCAGGCCACCUCGCCAGGAUGGCAGGCCCCUCCACAAGGCUGGCAGGCCACACCCCUGACCUGGCAGACCACACAGGUCACCUGGCAGGCUCCAGCUAUCGCCUGGCAGGCUCCUCCGCCGGUGCGCCAGGGCCCGCCGCCCAUCCGACCUGGCCCGCCACCCAUCCGGCCUGGCCCCCCGCCGGUGCGCCAGGCCCCACCCCCGAUUCGCCAGGCUCCACCGCUGAUCCGCCAGGGGCCACCGCCCAUUCGGCCAGCCCCUCAGGUCCUGGCGACCCCACCGCCUCUCUGGCAGUCCCUACCGCCCCCUCCACCUCUGAGGCAGGCCCCACAGACCCGACUGCCGGCCCCGCAGGUGCAGGCGGCCCCGCAGGUACAGGCGGCCCCACCGCCUGCGCAGGUGCCCUCAGUGCCACCUGCUGUUCCGCAGGCUCCACAGGCCCAGCCUUUGGCACCGCAGGUGGCUCAUUGCCCUCCCAUCAUCUGGCAGGCCCCCAAGGGCCAAGCCCCAGUGCCACAAGAGUUGCCAACAUCUAUGGAGUUCCAGGAGACACAGCAGGGCCAGGCGCUGGCCUGGCAGGCCCCGAAGGCCCCUGCUCACUUUUGGCAGCCCCUGCCUGCCCAGGAGGCCCAGAGACAGGGCCCCCCACUGCUCCAGCUGGAGCCGCCCUUUCAGGGGGCCCCACCCUCCCAGAAGGCCCUUCAAAUCCAGCUACCCACCCAGCAGGCCCAGGCCUCGGGUCCGCAAGCAGAGAUGCCUCCACUGCAGCUCCAGCCCUCCUGGCCGACCCAGCCUGGAGCCAUGCAGGGGCAGCCCUCAUCCUCCUUAGCGGCAGCAAAUUUUCACAUGGGCUCCGCUAAAUCACUGAUGACUCCCCCAUCUGGAGAAUCCAGGGCCUCUUCAGUAGACAAUAGGACCUCUUCCAAGGAACGCAGGACCUCUUCAAAGGAACGCAAGGCUCCUUCAAAGGACCGCAUGAUCUUCGCUGCCACUUUUUGUGCCCCGAGGGCAGUUUCAACUGCCCGGGCACACCUGCCAACUGCCUGGAAAAACUUGCCUGCUACAUCAGAGACCUUUACUGCCAAUUCCAAGGUCUUUCCAGCUACCUCCCAGGUUCACCUUGCCUCUUCUAUUGCCUUUAAAGGCCCAUCUGCCACCUCAGAGACCCCGAAGUCACUGCCACUUGCUCUGCAGGAUCCAUUUGCCUGUGCAGAAGCCCUGCCUGCUGUUUCUUGGGCUCCUCAGCCCAACUCUAAUGCUUCAAAAACAUUGAAGGGAGCACCCACCUUCCUGAUGGCCUUGGCAUCUGCCCCCCAGGCAACAGCCACCAAUGAUAGGGCCUCUAAGAUCUCCCAACAGCGCCGCUCAGGCAAAGUCGCCCGGAAGAAGAAGCAUCUGAAUGUUCAAGAAGACAGCAGUGGCCAUAUGUUGGCCUUGCAUGACUGGCAGGCCCCACGGCCUUGGGACAAUCUGAACUUGAGUGACUGGGAGGGCCAAAGCACCUCUCAAGGUCUGAGUGGCUGGGAAGGCCCUAGUACCUCCCGAAUCCUGAGUGGCUGGGAAGGGCCCAGCACCUCCUGGGCUCUGAGUGCCUGGGAAUGCCGAAGCACCUCGAGGGUCCUGAAUCUCUGGGAAAGUUCAGGGACUCCUGAACCUGUGAUCUUUUCUGAGGUCCCAAGUCUUUCUCAAGGGCUCACUGCUACCCAGGAUGAGCCCAAGUUGGAGACUCGGCCAUUGUCUCCCUUGGAUGAGAGAGCAAAUGCUUUGGUGCAGUUCCUCUUGGUCAAGGACCAAGCUAAGGUGCCCAUCAAGCGCUCAGAGAUGGUGAGAGUUGUCAUCCGUGAAUAUAAAGAUGAGUGCUUGGAUAUCAUCAACCGAGCCAACCAUAAGCUAGAGUGUGCUUUUGGAUAUCAAUUGAAGGAAAUUGAUCCAAAAAACCACUCUUAUAUUAUCAUCAACAAGCUGGGUCGUCAUAAAUAUGAACCAGUGGCGUCAUAUUUAGACACGCCCAAGAUUGGCCUCCUGAUGGUUGUCCUGAGUCUCAUUUUUAUGAGAGGCAAUUGUGUCAGGGAGCACCUUAUCUUUGACUUUGUGUCCAAGUUAGGGUUGGAUAUCCAGGAGACACAUGGUCUCUUUGGAAAUACAAAGAAGCUUAUCACUGAGGUGUUUGUCAGGCAGAUGUACUUAGAGUAUAGGCGAAUUCCCCACACUGACCCAGCAGAAUAUGAGUUCCUCUGGGGCCCUCGUGCAUUCCUUGAAACCAGCAAGAUGCUUGUCCUGAGGUUUGUGGCCAGGCUUCAUAAGAGAGAUCCACGAUGUUGGCCAUUCCAUUACCUGGAAGCGCUGGCCGAAUGUGAAUCUGAAGAUUUGGAAGAUGAUGAUGCUGGAGCUGGUGAUAAUGCUGGUGGGUCCACCAGCAGUUCCCCUCCCCACUAG